AUGAAUUCUAAGAACGCUUAUAAUGAAGCUGGCUUCAAUAAGUUGUCACUUGUACGUCAGUUCGAUGAAGUACAGCGAGCUUACACAACUCUACUCGAGGCUAGCUGUGAAAAAGAGUUCCUUCAGUUUGCCCACUGUUUCGAAGAUUGUCGAAUAAAAUGGGAUCUAGCAGAAAAUAGAUGUUUAGAACUUCAAGAAAAACUAACUAAGAGUGAAGCAGAGAAAAAUGCUUUGUUGAUAAAACUGAAACAUGCGAGAAGACAAAUAGAAGUUGAAUUACAAGGAAGACAAAAAGCUGAGCAAGACCGAGAUGAAUUGGAUCAACAAAUAAUGUUGGUUCGUGAACUUCUAUUGAGUGAUGGAUCGUCAACUGCUACGUUAAGUGAAGAACAACAAAGAAAACUGGAUUUUCUAAACGCAAGUCGUUACCAGUCACCCCGAUGCAUGAGAAACCACAGACGUCUCGAUCCAAUCGAUGAAACUGGUUCAAUGUUGUCGGAUUAUUCCGAUAUUUCAUUCGAUGUAACAGAAGAUGAUUUGGAUGGAUCAAACUUAAGGAAUGGAAAGCAAUGGAAACGUGGAAGGGCAGCAAGGCGAGCAUUUGCUGGAGACGAAGAUGCAGUUUUGCCGAAGAGAGUUCGUGCUGAUGCUGGUGAAUCACUACAAUGUACAGUAGAUGGGCCAGCUACCAUGAGAAUCGAGAAACUUGAAAAAUCUUUCAGCAAACCCAACCCUCACCAAGGUAGAAGACGACCCUCGCGUGAACAUCGACGUAGAAGUGCAGCUACAUCAGAUUCCGAAACACAAAGCAGCGAAGUGGAAAAUUUCUGGCCAAAUCUUCCUCUGCCCAAGUCUCCUGCGAAGCCUGUAGGAAAGAAACAUACUCUCCAGUUAAAACCUUGUGUGAUUACGAAGGAAACUUGCAAGCCUUGUGGAAAGAGAAUACAGUUUGGCAAGAAAGCUUUGAAAUGUUCCAAUUGUCACCUUGUAGCUCACUCUGAAUGUGAGGAACAAUCCAAGUCCCAUCCGUGCGAUUCCUCUUCUCCAUCAGCUGCCAAUCAAAAGUGCACAGUUGAAGACUUCCUCGUCUCAACCGAAUCACCCCAGAUCCCCCCCAUAAUAUACCACACCAUACAAGAGAUAGAGAGACGUGGUUUGGAUGAAAUUGGGUUGUAUAGGAUACCAGGGAUGCUGAGGAUUGUAAAGGAAUUAAGGGAAAAGUUUAAAGGAAAGAAUGUUCCCAAGUUAACUGAUGUAUCUGACAUUCAUGCUUUGUGUUCGCUUGUGAAAGAUUUUCUACGGGUAACUUUGAAAGAACCAAUCGUUACUUUUAGCUUACGACCACGGUUUAUUAAAGCUGCUAAACAACCGGCAGAGGAUGUAUGA